UAAGGAGAAAACCUCAGGUCACCACGCCGAGAGUUCCACCUUCGUCCUCUCGCAAGAGGGCUGGCUUUCUUAAUUGCCUUUCUUCUUCCUAAUUUUCACUUUGCCGGUUCUUGACAGCGGGACCGCCUUCAUCGACUCUUCUUCCUCUGCCCUAUGUAGGCGGGCAGGCGCUUGGACGACAGGUGCUUCGGACACUGAGACGGCCUUGGCAGCUGAGCUUCUCACGACUCCUCCGAUCGCGCCAUGAAAAAGGCUGGCUUGGACAACCCGGCUUUCCAGACUUCCAGUCCGGAUCUUCUCGACCCUUCCGCGACCCCGUCUGCCUUGCAGUCGCCGAGUUUUGACCCGGACGACCAACUCUGCGGGAUCGGCCGAUGCACUCCUCGCGCCCUGCAGGUCUGCAACAACGCCAAAGGCUACCUGGUCUUCUACAGCCUCCUCUCGGUCUUCCAAGGGAUUAUUGUAAAUGGAUUGAUAAAUGUCAGCAUUUCUACAAUUGAGAAACGUUAUGAUUUGAGCAGUUCCCUCACUGGCGUAAUCUCUGCUGGUUAUGACAUUUCAUUCUCUGUACUAUGCCUUUUUAUAUCGUUCUAUGGUGAAAGAGGUCACAAACCAAGAUGGCUGGCUUUGUCCUCUUUUCUGAUUGCUGUAGGAGCAUUAGUAUUUUCUUUGCCACAUUUUACUUCUGGUCCAUACACAUAUGGAGAAAAAGCAGAAGACCUCUGUCCAGUUCCUCUUUUUGGAGGCCAAACCAAGCCGUGCCACCGUGGCAGCAGAUCUAAACUUUCCAACUACUUCUAUGUUUUCUUGCUGGGUCAGUUCCUCUUAGGAGCAGGUGGAACUCCUCUGUACACACUGGGCACAACUUUCAUCGAUGAUAGUGUCCCAAAGCACCAAGCUUCAGUCUACAUAGGAAUUGGAUAUGCCAUGUCCCUGCUGGGUCCUGCCAUUGGCUAUGUUUUAGGAGGACAGUUGCUGAAUGUCUAUGUUGAUUUCAAUCGUGAUAUAAGUGUAGACCUCACUCCAGAAGAUCCACGCUGGGUUGGAGCAUGGUGGAUAGCCUUUGUGAUAUGCAGCUUCUCUACAUGCCUUUUAGUAGCACCAUUUUCAUAUUUCCCAAAGCAUUUGCCAGGUACAAGCAAAAUACGAGCAGAGAAGAUUUCUGAAGCACAUCAUAAUGGAAAACAGAUGUGUGAAUAUACUGGGAGGAGUAUUAAGGACUUUCUUAUGAUUCUCUGGAUGCUGCUGAGAAAUCCUGUGUUGAUGUAUCUUGUAAUAGCAGCUGCAUUAGAAGCUUUAGUCGCUACUGGUUUUGCGACUUUCUUGCCUAAAUUUAUAGAAAAUCAGUUUGGAUUUACAUCUAGCUAUUCAGCUACUUUAGGAGGGCUUGUCUUAGUCCCAGGAGCAGCAAUUGGCCAAAUCAUAAGUGGUACCUUAAUUUCCAAGCUGCAAAUGAAUUGCAAAACUAUAAUCAAGUUCAUUAUUGCUACUUGUACUAUGGCGCUGCUAUUAAACAUGGUGUUUGCAUUUGCUAAAUGUGGGAAUGAACCAUUUGCUGGUGUUUCUGAAACAUAUAACGGGACAGGCAUGUUAUCAAACUUAACAGCACCCUGCAAUGCCCAUUGUAGAUGUUUGCAUUCAGACUUUUUGCCCAUCUGUGGUGCAGAUGAAGUCCAGUAUUUUUCUCCAUGUUAUGCAGGAUGUACUGCUGUUGUUUCUCAGAAGCAUGCAACAAAGCACUACAGCAAUUGUUCCUGUGUUGUGAAUCCCGUAAUUGAAAUUGAGAAUACCUUUCAAGGGGCCACUUCUGGAAAAUGUAAAUCUAAGUGCACAGUCCUGCCUUGGUUCCUGAGCUUCUUCUUUUUUACAGUUGUUUUUACUUUUAUGGCAGUUACACCAACAACUGUGGCCAUUCUCAGAUGUGUGCCAGAAAAUCACAGAUCAUUUGCUUUAGGUGUUCAUAUGCUCUUUCUACGAAUUUUAGGCACUAUUCCUGGCCCAAUCCUUUUUGGUAUCUCAAUAGACGAUUCUUGCACUCUCUGGUCUACAGAUAGAUGUGGACGUAAAGGAGCAUGUUGGACCUAUAACAAUACUAAAAUGGCAUAUUUGCUAUUUGGUAUAAGUGCAUGUUCCAAAGCAAUUUCUCUAAUUUUUACUAUCACAUCAUAUGUGUUAUAUAAGCCUCCCCCAGAUAUUGUUGCUGAUUCGAAGACACAAGAUCAAACAAGCUCUUCAGUACGCCUUUGAAUGAGGAACAAAGUAUUCUUUCUAGUGAAAGUCAAAGAAAAAUUCUUUAGUGAUGUCCAGUGGCAGCUGUAACUUCUGAGUAACAGCACUGGGAGGCUCUGAGCAAGUCAUUUAAUUCUUUUUUAAAAAAAUAAAUAAAUACACUUUUACUUUAAAUCCAUUUUACUUCAAGUGUAUCUCAGUCUCAUGAAACUUUUUACUUUCUCAAGAGAAUGGUAUGAUUUUUGUAAUGUAGAAUGUCUAAAUAUUUUAACCAAAAAUCAACUUUAGAAACUCAUUUAAUUGAUUGUAGGAAGAUAAGAGAUUUCCAUGGGACAUGAAAGUACUUUGAUAAGAAACUGUAUCUCUAAUUUUGCAGGCUCAUUUUUUCAGUCUGAGUGCCAUCAUUUUGCCUGUUAGGACUCAGGACACUGAGAGGAUUAUGGGCCAGGAUAAAAACAAAAUGAAAUAAAAUUAUAUCUGUUAACAUGACUACUAAUCAAAUAGUUACUAAUUUUUCACAUGAAUACAUUUUAAAAUUAUACCUUUAUGUAUUUUAUUUACUUCCCCAUUUCUACUCUGGUAAGUAAUCAAAGGCAGCUUUCAAAAUUAAUGUCCCCAUUUCAAAAUACCAUAUUGCUCAAGUGUCUAUGGAGAUUCUCAAUCAUCCACGUCAUGGUUGUCUCAAAGGUGCUUUUCCAAGAGGCAACUGGACUUU